UAUCAGAUUAAAUAUCAUUUUGACUCAUGUAUUCCUUAUCCAGGGAACAAGAAAACUGGCCUGGAUAGUCCAUGUUUCCUGCUCUCCUCUAAAACUUGUUGUUCUCUUCAUUUUCAUUUAACUUUUGAAAUUUCCCUUCUAAUUCUACAACUUUUUUCUUCCAUUGUAGGUUCCCCUUGAUUACAGCUUGAGCUGUUACUUUAGAAGUGGACGGUGCUGCCAGUUCUUUUUCCGUAUCCUGAACACUUUUCUCAAAACAGCGAGGAGAGAUUACCUGGCAAUAUUUUCUUUAUCGCUCUCCACUUUAGCCUUUAGCACCAAAUUCUCCAGAAACUUAUCUAGAGGGAGAGGCCUAGAAGCUAAGACUGAGUACAUUCACGCUUAACAAGAGAGGCAGCAAGUUUCCAUCAAGCAUUUUCAAUCACUUUCCAACAGUGGCUUAACCUCUCUCAAUAGGGAUAUCCAAAUAUAAGAUUGUUCCUCUUCUAGAAACUCACUUUUACAAGUGAGUCAUACAAGUUCCCUUUAUCUAAUAAUUCCCCUUCCAGGAAAUAGUUUCCAAAAUUUAGGUCAAUCUUCUCAUUUCUCAGAAGCUAUUUCCACAUCAAAAGCUUUGCCUUCCAUAAUUCAUUUUUUCCCUUCCUGUCUUCCUUCCUUCUUUCUUCUUGUAACACUUGAUCAAAUGCGUGAAGCCUAGCUGUCUUUCAGGCGUGAUGCUGGCUUUAAGGAUAAUGAGGAAGAGGACAUGAUUCCUGCCUUCCUGUCUACCUGGCUCCGUGGUGAAGGAGUCACAUAUGUUUCUGAGGUACCCAUAGCCUGGAGCUUGUGCUCACCCAAGAAAGGAGAUCUAAAGAUAGUUAGAUUUUGGAGCUAUUUGAGGGCGAAUCCCCUGUGUUUGUGUAGAGCAGACUCUCCUUUCGUUGUUGGUAUUUUCUGCACAGAUAUCUAACUUAUGACCAAUAUCAUGUGUAUAGAAGAGAACUAGUUAACCACAGACUAUUCCUAUAAAUGACAUUCAUUUGGGAGAAAACUCAUAAACCUUUGCUCAAGGCAUUACUCUCAAGCCAGAAUUCCAUAAUUACCUUGGGGAACAAACCACUGAAAAUCCAGCUGGGAAAAUAGACAGUGCAGUCAGCUCCAACACAGUACAGAUAAAGCUCAUAUUCACCAAAUGAGAAAGGGGAAGUCUAAAUUGAAGUUUGGUCUACCAGAAUAUUAAAGAAGUUAUUAAAGAGAGAGUUAUUCUACAAAGAACCCCUCUGGCGAUUCCUCUUGUAAAGUCAAAAACCCUUUUAUAAAGUGUAAAAUUACUAAUUUUGUAAAUUGUCCCCGAAUUAUGUUUUGUAAAAAUGAAUUUUAUUAUGUGUCUGGUUUCUUUGAAGAAAGAAUCACCUGUAAUGGUGUCAAAAUUUCAAAUGCAUAAAAGAAGUCCCAAAGGGAGGCAAGAAUACUCUGUCUUCGAUAUUUAAAUAGGCAUUUGCAGUCAUGGGCCUCAGUAUCAUCCCCCCACAGACCCCAAGGAUAUGCAGCUGGAAAAAAAAAACAUGGAUUAUGGGAGGAAAAAAAGCAAUGGUCCGUGCCCAAUCUCCUUUAGAGACAAAGACAUUCCUGGGAGUAUAUAAAUGAAUGGGCUCCACAGGCAAUAACAAUGGACCGUGUGAGAACUGAGCUGGUGGGGGAGGUGGGCGGUGGGAAGAUGAGAAUUAGGGAAACCUUCAGCAGUUCACACUGUGCUAUCUGCCUUCCUCAUUUGUGUGUUUUCUGAGUCAGCAUUAGCUAAAUUUUCCAGAAAGCCAUCCACAAAGUACAGCCUGGGCGUUCAAGGGAUGUCACUCAUUUCCCCCAGUGACCUUGACAAGUCAGAAGCUUGAAAGCAGGGAAAUCCGGAUGUCUCAGUUGUGAAGUGGAGCAGUGGGGGCCCCAACGUAUUUCCAGAAGUCUCCAUCCAGACUGGUGAUUGUCUGCCACUCUUACUGCCGGUGGUCAUCUGAGGUGCUUCUCUGGCUCUGAAGAGGUUGGCACAAUGGCCAAGUGCUUCAGCCUGGUGUUGCUUCUUGUCGCCAUCUGGACCACAAGGCUCCUGGUCCAAGGCUCUCUCCGAGUAGAUGAGCUUUCCAUCUCAAGGCCAUGCAGAAUUGUGGGGGUCACCCUUGUGAACAGAAAGGCAAGGGAACAGCUGAAUUUCACAGAAGCCCAGGAGGCCUGUAGGCUGCUGGGUCUAACUUUGGCCAGCAGAGACCAGAUCGAAGCAGCCUGGAGGUCUGGCUUUGAGACUUGCAGUUAUGCAUGGGUUAAAGAUAAGGUCUUGGUCAUCCCUCGGAUUGUCCCGAACCCCAGGUGUGGGAAGAACGGGAUGGGCGUCCUGGUUUGGAGAAAUUCUCUCAGUGUGAAGUUCAGUGCGUAUUGUCACAACUCAUCUGAUACUUGGAUUAACUCAUGCAUUCCAGAAAUUACCACCAUCAAAGAUACCAUAUUCAACACUCAAAAUGACACAUACACAAGAGAAAUGACUGUCAGUGACAGCACAUACUCAGCAUCAUCUCCUGAUGCACCUUUCUCUACUACACCUGCUCUUGCUCCCACUGCAGCUCUGGCUUCCACUUCUACUCCACGGAAAAGAAAAUUAAUUUGCAUAACGGAAGCUUUUAUGGAAACUAGCACCAUAUCUACAGAAACUGAAUCAUCCAUUACAAAUAAAGUAGCAUUCAAGAAUGAAGCUGUUGGGUUUGGAGGUGUUCCCACGGCUCUGCUAAUUCUUGCUCUCCUCUUCUUUGCUGCUGCAGCUGGUCUCGCAGUUUGCUAUGUCAAAAGGUAUGUGAAGACCUUCCCUUUUACAAACAAGAAUCAGCAGAAGGAAAUGAUUGAAACUAAAGUAGUGAAAGAGGAGAAGGCCAAUGAGAGCAACCCUAAUGAGGAAGCAAAGAAAACUGAAAACAAGCCAGAAGAGCCCAAGAGUCCACCCAAAACUACAGUGCGAUGCCUAGAAGCUGAAGUUUAGAUGAGAAGGAAAUGAGACGACACAACUGAGGCUGAUUUCUUUCCUGAUGCAUAUCCUAGGCCCAGAUGGGGCAACUAAAACGGCCAAAGAACCAAACAAGAAAGUCCACCCUCGGUUCCUCACUGGAAUCAGCUCAGGGCUACCUUUGGACCAUGGAGCUCACCAAAGGAAAUUCCUUUCUUCUUAGUGCAAUUCUUUCUGGAUCCUAUUCUCCUACCUCCAAAGCUUCCCACAGCAUUUCUUGCUGGUUACAUCCUAAUAAUAUUGCAGUGGGAGAAAGGAACUUUGCAAAGCACAGGGAUCUAAAAGAGCCAAUCAGAACACGUUUGUAAAGAGGCCUCCAUGCUGACAGAAUAGGUGAGUCGAGAGCCAAGAAACCGCCGAGGCCAAAGCUUUCUCUAUUGACUCCACAGCCCAGAUCCUUCCUUCAGCUCUGAAAAGGAAACCCUUAUACCACCUGGCAUGGCCUUCUGAGUAAAACAAGAGCGAAAGAAGGAAGAAAAAGUUUAGCAAUCGAAGGUCAUGGAGAUUCCCGUGACUUGAGACCGGAUCUCUGUAAAGCCAAAAUAAAUAGAAAAAAAGAAUAAGGCUGAGGAUAUUGGCAGCUUAUUGUCAGUAGGGACCAUAAAGACAGACAGGGUCAAAGUAUUCAUCUCUGAAUAACUUGAGUUGGAAUCACUUUUUAGAACACACACAUACUUUCUUCUCUCUCUUUCUUCUGCUGCUGCUAUUUUCUCUAGAAGAAUAUACUUUUACAAGAAACCAAAAAAAAAAAAAUCUCUUACAAUUAUCUAUUUUUAUCUGAGUUACAGAAAUUAUUACUGAGGAAAAUUACUGUGUUAAAAAGCAAUAAAAUUUAACAAACAUUCGCUGAAUACCUUCUAUAUGUCAGGGACUGUGUGCGGUAUUACAUUCUGUAAUUGAAUAUUAUUCAUCAAACAAUUGCAUAUAAUAGAAUGUUGUAUGAGGCUAAUUUUUUUAGGUUUUGAUAUCUCCAGCUUAUCCACUUUCAAAACUAAUUUUAUUUCUGCUGAGACUAAUCUAUUCAUUAUUUUCUCUAACAUGACAACCAUUAUAACCUUAAUUUAUUAUUAACAUACCUAAAAUGUACAUUAUUAGCUCUAUACACCAAAGCACAUUUUUAAAAUGUCAUUAACAAAUGUAUCACUAACUCUCCUUUUUCCAUCAAGAAGAGCCUGAGAAGUGAUAAAUAUUUGUUCCCCAAAAAUAAAAGCAUUCAGAAAA